AUGUUCCGCACCGCAGUCAUGAUGGCCGCCAGCCUGGCCCUGACCGGGGCCGUGGUGGCUCAUGCCUACUACCUCAAGCACCAGUUUUACCCCACGGUGGUGUACUUGACCAAGUCCAGCCCCAGCAUGGCCGUCCUGUACAUCCAGGCCUUUGUCCUUGUCUUCCUUUUGGGCAAAGUGAUGGGCAAGGUGUUCUUUGGGCAGCUAAGAGCGGCAGAGAUGGAGCACCUCCUGGAGAGAUCCUGGUACGCCGUCACUGAGACUUGUCUGGCCUUCACUGUCUUCCGGGACGACUUCAGCCCCCGCUUUGUUGCGCUCUUCACUCUCCUCCUCUUUCUCAAGUGUUUCCACUGGUUGGCUGAGGACCGCGUGGACUUUAUGGAACGCAGUCCCAACAUCUCCUGGCUCUUUCACUGCCGAAUUGUCUCGCUCAUGUUCCUUUUGGGUAUCCUGGACUUCCUCUUCGUCAGCCACGCCUAUCACAGCAUCCUGACCCGUGGGGCCUCUGUGCAGCUGGUGUUUGGCUUUGAGUACGCCAUCCUGAUGACUAUGGUGCUCACCAUCUUCAUCAAGUACGUGCUGCACUCCGUGGACCUUCAGAGCGAGAACCCCUGGGACAACAAGGCCGUGUACAUGCUUUACACGGAGCUCUUCACAGGCUUCAUCAAGGUUCUGCUGUACAUGGCCUUCAUGACCAUCAUGAUCAAGGUGCAUACCUUCCCACUCUUUGCCAUCCGGCCCAUGUACUUGGCCAUGAGGCAGUUCAAGAAAGCUGUGACAGAUGCCAUCAUGUCUCGCCGAGCUAUCCGCAACAUGAAUACACUGUAUCCAGAUGCCACCCCCGAGGAACUGCAGGCAAUGGACAAUGUCUGCAUCAUCUGCCGAGAAGAGAUGGUGACUGGUGCCAAGAGGCUCCCUUGCGGCCACAUUUUCCACACCAGCUGCCUGCGUUCCUGGUUCCAGCGGCAGCAGACCUGCCCUACCUGCCGCAUGGACGUUCUCCGGGCAUCACUGCCAGUCCAGUCACCGCCGCCCCCUGAGCCUGCGGACCAAGGGCCACCUCCUGCCCCCCACCCCCCACCACUCCUGCCCCAGCCCCCCAACUUCCCCCAGGGCCUCCUGCCCCCCUUUCCUCCAGGCAUGUUCCCACUGUGGCCCCCAAUGGGCCCCUUCCCACCUGUCCCGCCUCCUCCCAGCUCAGGAGAGGCAGUGGCCCCCCCAUCCACGAGUCCAGCAGCCCUGACUCGGCCCAACGGAGCAGGAGCAGCCACAACCACAGCUGCUGGCUCCACUGUUGCUGGUGCUUCCACCCCGGCACCCGGCUCCGUCCCUGUCCCUGAGGCUGCCCCAGCCCCAGGCUUCCCCUUCCCACCCCCCUGGAUGGCUAUGCCCCUGCCUCCACCCUUUGCUUUUCCCCCAAUGCCUGUGCCCCCUGCGGGCUUUGCUGGGCUGACCCCCGAGGAGUUACGAGCUCUGGAGGGCCACGAGCGGCAACACCUGGAGGCCCGGCUGCAAAGCCUGCGCAACAUCCACACACUGCUGGACGCCGCCAUGCUGCAGAUCAACCAGUACCUCACUGUGCUUGCCUCUCUCGGGCCCCCCCGGCCUGUUACUUCAGUCAACCCCACUGAGGAAGCUGCCUCAAGCAUUGCGGCUGCUGCUGUCUCCACAAGUGUCCCCAGUUCCGAGGCUACCACCCCAUCCCCAGGAGCCUCCCCUUCCUCCCCUGAGCCGGAAAAGCCUCCAGCUCCGGAGUCCUUGGGCACAGAGGAGCUGCCUGAAGACGGGGAGCCUGAUGCAGCAGAGCUCCGCCGCCGCCGCCUACAAAAGUUGGAGUCCCCUGUUGCCCACUGA